GUGUGCGCUUAGCUCGCUAGCUCGCUAGGUAGAGAAUGAAUGGGGAUGGUGCCGCAGACGUAUCUCAAGCAAGAGUGGGACUAGCAGAGAAGAGGAAGGAUGCCUACAUAUCCAAGGAUAGGGCAGCUGCCACUAUUCAGCGCUGGUAUCGGAGCUUCAAGACAGUGCACAGCAGUGCACCUAACUCAUCAGAAGAUUCCAUUACUGAGACCGAUAAUAGUCUCGAUGACUUUGUCAACAAUGAAGUAGCCAUUGCACUUGCUUUGGCAAACCAGCGGCCACUAAGCUCACUGACAGAAAGUCAACGAGAGAAAGUUAGACAGCUGAGAGCACAAGUAGCACCAAAGGAAAAUAAUGUCGCAACGGAAACCACGAACAUAUCACAAAAGAGUAAAACUAGUCGGUUGAAACCACCUUCCAUUUAUAAGGUAAGAAAAAAAGAAAUGGGAGCUACAUCCAUAAGAGCUAAGAACCCUUCCCAAGCAAACUUGGACAGUUCAAGCUCAAAUCUAAGAAAAAGAGGCAAGCUUAGGGAACCACUCAUUUGUGUCAGAAAGAGAGAAAAUAAUGGAGUGAAUGCAAUGGAAAAGUGUAAACAAGUGGUCCCUUUGAGCAAAGAGAACUCACAGCAAGAGAAUCCAUUCAAGAAGCAACAAGUACAAAGUGCAGAACAACAAGAGUCUAACACUGAGAAGAAAUCACAUCAGCAAAGACAAAAUGGAAAAGAAGCAACAACUUUCCAAAGUAGAUCUAAUGGUUUCAGAGAUCAUCCGAGCAAGAUUCCCAUGCCAACAAAACAGCCUCCUCAACUACAGCUGCCUAAACAUAUAGAGUACGACCAACAGGAGGACAUCGAUUUCAUUCAGUUAGGGACUGACGAAAAAAUCCAUCCAGUGAAAAAUGAAAAAAUUCGUCAUACGAAAUGGGACGUGCCAGAGACACCUAAAGGCCCCAGGCUACCCCCUCCCAAGAAACGCCAAAAAGCGGUCAAGCGUCUCAAGCUACAUCCGCCGCCUUCACACGACAGUGAUUAUCUGCAGGAGAAGGACUUUGGAGAAACUAAGCAGCUUAUCAACAACGAACAAGCCCAGGCGCUCAUCGAUUAUGCACAGGAAUUGGUGAUCAAGGAUUUCUUGGCUUGGAAGGGUGGCUCACUUAGUGCCAUACCAAUCAAUGAACACCAACGCAAACUAGCACCUCGAGUGCCUUGGGAUAAGACAACACCUGCACCAACAAAUGUAGAUUAUGAAAUUAAGAGAAAUAAACUGGACAAUAAAACAAGCCAAACCCAAGCUAAUCGAUUUCCCCCUAUCAUCGAGAGCCUUACGCCACACCUUACACCAACACACACUCCAACUAUGAUGUCACUCCGAUUAUCCUCUGUCCGUCGCAACCACGAGCCUAAAUCGAAGGGAACCAUGGCAACAAACAAAGCGCCGGCUCCUCCAAUGAGCGACAUUGCUAUACAAACUGACUCGAUUGAUGUAGACGAUGAUAUUCUAACGAUAUUGUCGGCCAUUACACUACCCCCGAUUUCCGAUAGGUUACACAAUCAAGGGGAGAACUCAAGACACGAGGGAGAAAAUGGUAAGAAAUUUGAGAAAAAAGGCAGUUUUACUGAGGCAAGAAAUCGAAGGGUUGGCCCAAGGAAUCAACCAUUUAAAGACAAGAAGGAUUACUCGAUGCAUUACAACGAAAGAAACGAGAAGAAGCCUCUUAGUCUGAAAUCACUACGUUCUCCUCCACCCUUGAGGCAGAGUCAAAGAAAGCAGGCUGGAGGCUAUCUGACCAAAUUUCUCCAUAGCAACAGCUCUGGACACCUUCCUACAAAGUCUGCUCCAGGAGGCUACUAUCAAGCUUCAUCAGCCAAUCAGCUUGCACCACGGUACGAAGAUCUCCACUAUACUGCCCCACCUUCAAUUAUCUCCGGAGACUCUCCUAUUCAUCUGAACAGGUCACACCCAGUGCCAUCUCACAUGCGAAGAAAGUUUUCAAAUACUAGUGGACCGUAUAGAAUCCAUUCGCGGAGACUACACGAGCGCUUGAAGCCGAUACAAGGAGCCCCUGCUGAUAUGUAUCCACCCACCACUAAUCAGAACAAUGACCCUUUCAAAUCACUUGAUUCAAUGUAUCAGCAUGAAUAUAGGAAGAACAGCCAAAGAAAACUAUGAUGAUGUGAAUAGUUAUUCUAAAAUCGUAUUCAUUAUUAAUUUUUGUAUAAUUAUUAUCACAGGAGUGUAUCAUUAUUUUAUUAUUAUGAGAAGGA